AUGCUCUGCCGCAGAGCCCUUCGACAAUGGGCCAAGUUAGAAGCACCAUGCAAGAAUCAGACUCGCCUAUAUCCCCAGUUAUUGUCACGCUCAUUUCACUCCACGAACCACAAAUACUUCGCAGCCGAAUGCCUCCAGCUCUCCGGAACCAUCUUUCAGGGAGUGCACACCUUGACCGGCCUACCAUGGUACCUGUCGAUUCCGCUGACGGCUUCACUCCUUCGCAUGACCUGGAUUCCCGUCCAGCUGUUGACGCACCGAACUCGAAAACGGAGAGAGACCGCAAUGCAGCUGGCAUCUGCUUGGCGCAUAGCCUACCAAGACACGGCGAGGAUAAAAUUCCCCGGAGGGCAAGAAACAGACGCAAAAAGGGCUGAGAGAUGGGUCUCAAGCCAGCUCAAGGCCCGGAGAAAAGCCAUUCAAAAACACAUCUCAUAUCUUCCGGUCUGGACGGAACCAUUGCUUGCUAUAUCCUUCAUCCCCGUAUGGGUGUUCAGCAUGGAUUGCAUAAGGCGCAUGGCAGGCGACAAGCGGACGGUGACCUCCCUCUUCUUCAAGUCUUCGGACGGUAGCACCAUCGACCCAAACAUUGUGCCCAUGGAACCAGGCUUCCAGACCGAAAGUCUAUGGUGGAUACCCGACCUGGCCGCGCCCGACCACCUCUGGAUUCUGCCCAUCACGUACGGCGCACUGGCCACCGUGAGUGUGUGGCUCAGGGUGAGGGAAGCUGCCAGAUUACAGCCGGACGACAACCAUCCACCCCUCCGAACUGGCCGUGACGAAAUGUUAAAGGCGGCUGCUGCAAAGUUCAAUAGGGGUCUGUCCUAUGUCUUGACGGCGAUGCCCACCGUCUUCACCUAUUUGAUCAUCCGGAGCGACCUAUCCACAGCGGUGGUGUUGUACCUCAUCGGGACCACGACGACUCAGCUUGUUCAACGGCCUCUGCUCGCCCGCGUCCUCGGAACUAGUAAGCGGUUUCCGCUUUUGAAAGCAAAACAGGCCAAAACAAAAGGACAGGUGGAGGAAUGA